AUGGGCUGGGUAGGAGUAGCUGUGUUCAUCGCGACCGCUUGUUAUAUAGCUUACCGCCACCCGACAGCCCUGCGGACUCUAACACCGGCCGUCCCUCCUGCGACCACGACCGCGGCCCAAAAGGAAGCAGAAGCUGACACCGAAGAGUCAGCGCCUGUCAUAGAGAGACAGCUCUGCAAAGACGGACCUAUCCCGGAGGAGGCCAGCUCAGAGGCUUCCGACUCGCAGUCCACGCCCAAGGCGUCUGCGUCUGCGUCUGCCGCCCCCGCUAUCGAACCCCCGACUCUCCGCCUAGACAAUGACGAUAAGCCUGUUAUGACCGCAUCCACACAGCUACCCACCACACGAUCUACUGCGGAAAGAAGCGCGAAGCCAGCAUCAAACAGCAUGCUUCCGCCCCCGCGACCGCUGGGCUCUUCCUUCGCCUCUCCCUCCUCAUCCUCCUCCCUGAACAUGCCUCCGCCCUUCGCGCCACGCCCCCGACCAACCCCCACCACCAACACCAUGAACAACAACCUCCUAGUCCCAGGCCGCGCACCACCCCGCCCAAGACCAACAGCCCCAGGCAGCGGAUCCACCUCCCUCCUCAGCCCGCCCCCCUCAGCAGCCUCCACCCUCCGCGGCGGCCCCGCCCCCCCAAGCAAUAACAACUCCCUUUCCAUUCCGCCCCAAAAAAUGGUCCCCUCCCCCAACUCGCACCGCAAACGCGCCGCCCUCGAACCAGGCUUUUCCCCGCUAGACUGGGCAGCGCUCACAUCCAACCCGAAGAACACCCUCCGGGGCGCCGACCUCCCCGCACACCUGAUCCGCGUAACGCCAUCCAUGCUAAAGGCGCACACGGGCCGCAAGGGCACCGACGCGUGGACGGUCUACCAGGGCAAAGUGUACAAUAUCACGCCGUAUGCGCCGUUUCAUCCUGGUGGGAGGGGCGAGCUGUUGCGUGGGGCGGGCAAGGAUAGUGCGCAGUUGUUUACGGAGGUGCAUCCUUGGGUGAAUUGGGAUGCGAUUUUGGGGGAGUGUUGUGUGGGGAUUUUGGUGGGGGAGAAUGAGGGGGCGGCUGAUAAUGGGCUUGAUGAUAUGGAUUGA